AUGGCGCCUGUGGUCCUGAACGAUGUUGCUAUGUUUGAUUUUGACCCAACGGCAGUCCCUCACCUCCCUGCUGAAGUAUUGAACGUUGUUGUCGCUUUCAUGGACAUUGCCACCAUUAAAGCAACACGCUUGACAAGCAGAUUCAUGGCAGAUGCCUUAGCUCCGUUUGUCCUUGACAAAGUCUGGAUCUCACCAGCUAAGGAGGAUCAGACUAAGCUGAGAGAGAUUUCGCAACACCCUACUGCACGCUUGAUCGUUCGGGAGAUAGCGUAUGACAGCACUGUCUAUUGUGGAAGCCUUUUCAAGCUAUCCGACUAUAUGAAGGUAUGUCAUUUAUGUGACUUCUUCCUGUUCGGGACUUCAGUCCGUCUCGCGAGACUUGUUUUGCAGGCUGGAAAAGGGCAUCUUCCCUGA